GGGGCUGCUGCUGCUGCUGCUCCUCCGCGCCGCCGCCGCCGCUACCGCCCGGCCCCGGAGCAUCGCCCCGCCCGGCCCCGCCGCCUCCAGCUCUGACCGACUCUAGGAUAAACUCUGAGCGAGCUCUGUUAUUGGCUUUGAGUCAGAAGUGUCUGGAAGCCUUAAUGAAAACCAAGUGUAAGGCAAGUCUCAGCCACCUGUCCCCGGGAUCCCCAGCCAAGCGCUCGGGGCUUCCAUUAAUCAAUGGAUCUGCCUCUUGGAAAGUGUCUUUUUGCAUGCUGGACCUCUACCCUGGGGCGACCGCAAAGCGGGGUUGGGGACCUGGAAGCCCUCCGGUAAUUUCUCUUAAGCCAGAUACCAAAGCUGUGCUGGCAUUGCCGGCAAUUCUGCAUUUCCAAAACCGCUACAAAAACCCUUGCGAGAAGAAAAACGGGUAGGAAAGAAGCUCUUUAUGUUGCAGGUCUGCAGUCCUGCCCCUCUCCCCAGGAGCAGCACCUCUCCCACCUCCCUAUUUCCCAAAGAUACUGUCUGGUUACUUUUCAAGGGAAGUUAGCUUAGGAGAGAAUAUUUUUUUCUUUUUCUUACAGACAUGAGCUGCUUUGAUUGCCUGGAAGCUUGAUUUCCUGAAACCUGCUCCUUUCUGGCUCUUGCAGUGAGGUUCACAAUAAAACGUAUUGUGGUUUUGAGCUGGGUUUUAUUUAAGAAAAUGCCAUUCUGGGUUACUCUCUUUCAUGAGACAGAUGGAGAAAGAUGAAAGGCUGACACUUGAGAUAUUUCAUUUCUGUUCUUUAAUUGUGGGUGGUUUCUUUUUCUGUAAGAACAGGCUUCUUCCCUAGGAAUUAGAGUGGGACAAAUGAAAAAAAAAAAAAAAAAAAAAAAGAAAAAUAAUGGCUGUUAAACAACAGCAAAAAACCCCACAAUUAUGGAGCCUUUCAUCUCACUUUUCUAGGAGCAAUUCUGUAAAAGGGGAUAUUUAAAUGCACUCCCUUUAAAGAUCCAGGGACACUUCUUGCUACUCGCUGCCUCUUGUGCAACGCUUGCCUCGGUGUAAGCCACGCUCUCUUCCAAGACAGGCUUGGAGGGUAUCAGGUGCAGCCACUGGGAACCAGCACAAAGCUGUGGUUUGGCGGAUAGCAACCGAGAUGGAAUGUGAACCUGUACCAUGUUAAUUAAAUAAAUAUAACUUCAGGAACAAGCCCUUGCAGUCACUGGUGGCCGGUGUCACUUAGCUGACCGGGAAUGCUGAAGACGACGUGUGCUGUGCAGCCCAGGCUGCAAAGCAGCCCUUGCUCUCGAUGGGUGGUGAGGCUGGAUGGGAGUUUUGCUUAGUGUGCUGUUUGGUUGCUUUCUAGGAUGAAGAUAUCUAAGUGGAGGUGGAACAACAUCUCCGUCAGUGCGCGAUCCCAGCUGAAAGGCACCCUGGCCCUUCUUCUUGUGGGCAACAUUGCCUUUGUGAUCGCUCAGGACCUCGCGCAGACCUCCAACAGCCUGGAGGAAGGGGCAGACGUCACCGCGUACUGGUGGGGCGAGUGGACCAAGUGGACAGCGUGCACCAGGACCUGCGGGGGAGGCGUCAAGUCCCAGGAGAGGCACUGCCUGCGGCAGAGAAGAAAGUCAGUGAGUGGGCUGGCUAAUAAAACUUGCACUGGAACAUCCAAAAGAUACCAGCUCUGCAAAGUACAAGAGUGCCCUGCGAACGGAAGGAGCUUUCGAGAGGAGCAGUGUUCAUCAUUUAACUCCCAUGUGUAUAACGGCAGAACGUAUCAAUGGAAACCUUUAUAUCCUGAUGACUAUGUUCACAUUUCUAGCAAGCCCUGUGACCUCCAUUGCACCACUGUGGAUGGUCAGAGACAGUUAAUGGUUCAGGCUCGGGAUGGAACAUCCUGCAAAUACACUGAUUUCCGAGGGGUUUGCGUGUCUGGAAAAUGUGAGCCCAUUGGAUGCGAUGGCAUUCUCUUUUCCACCCACACCUUGGAUAAAUGUGGUGUUUGCCAAGGAGAUGGGAGCAGCUGCACUCACGUGACCGGCAGUUACCGGAAAGGAAAUUCUCAUCUUGGCUAUUCUCUGGUAACGCACAUUCCUGCUGGAGCAAGGGAUAUCCAGAUAGUAGAACGGAAAAAAUCUGCAGAUGUUCUGGCUGUGGCUGAUGAAGCCGGGUACUAUUUCUUCAAUGGGAACUACAAAGUUGACAGUCCGAAAAACUUCAACAUUGCAGGCACGGUGUUCAAGUACCGCAGGCCCAUGGAUGUUUAUGAGACCGGCAUAGAGUAUAUUGUUGCACAAGGACCGACAAAUCAAGGGUUGAAUAUAAUGGUCUGGAAUCAAAAUGGCAAGAAUCCAUCCAUCACAUUUGAAUACACCCUCCUGAGGAAGCCACACUCAAAAAAUCUGCAGCCCAUCUACUACACCUUCUCUGAGUCAGAGAGCGAAGAAAGCAGAGAGUUUGAUGGAGACGUGCCAUUGGGUUUUAUCCAGCACAAUGCAACCUAUUUUGGGAAAAUCUCCAGGGAACGGAUAGACUUGGAGAACCAGGUGUUUGGAAGGCAGGACACGGAGGAAGAUUUAAACUUGAGCAAAGGUCAGGAAACCAAUGAGGUCUAUGAAAGAGCAGAAACAAUUGACUGUGAGCCAAAACUGAAGGGCAAACAACCCCAAGAUUCAAACGUAACCAGGUCUACUUACCAGACAGACCAUGACGACAGAGACUUCGACCCCAGGUUGACCUCCAGGGAAUUCCUUUCGGAGAAUGCCAUCACGGACAAGCUGCUGGACAAGACCUCGGACUCGAAGGAGUUGAUGCUCAACAUGACCAUGAACAGCAUCUUUGCCCAGGGAGACCCAAUCAACUCUGUGGGGUCACACAUUGACAGCCUCUAUGUUGACUAUGAGGACACUGAUGGUAUUGUGACCUACACCAUUAAUAGCACCUACAUGGAGCUGAGCAACAGCAAAGCCAUCAACACGUCUGCAGAGACACCGUUUUCAAAUGCCACUGUCACCAUGACCAGCCCUCAAGGGAACAGAACCCACAAAGCAAGAAACAGAUUGAAGUUGUUAAGAAAGGGCCAAGGUGUGAGUGCUGCUGACAUGUACAGGUGGAAGCUUUCCUCCCAUGAACCCUGCAGCUCUACAUGUACCACAGGAGUGAUGUCCACAUAUGCUAUGUGUGUUCGCUAUGAUGGGAUCGAAGUGGAUGAUACGUACUGUGAUGCCAUGACCCGUCCCGAGCCCGUCCAUGAGUUCUGUGCUGGGAGAGAGUGCCAGCCAAGGUGGGAGACGAGCAGCUGGAGCGAGUGCUCCCGCACCUGUGGGGAGGGCUACCAGUUCCGCAUCGUCCGCUGCUGGAAGAUGAUCUCUCCGGGAUUCGACAGCUCUGUCUACAGUGACCUCUGCGAGUCCGCUGACAUCACCCGGCCGGACGAGCGCAAGGUCUGCAAGAACCCAGCCUGCGGGCCCCAGUGGGAGAUGUCGGAGUGGUCCGAGUGCCCAGCCCGGUGCGGAGAGCGGAGCGUGGUGACGCGGGACAUCCGCUGCUCGGAGGAGGAGAAGCUGUGCGACGCCAGCGCCCGGCCCCUGGCCGAGAAGAACUGCACCGGACCCCCCUGCGACCGGCAGUGGACCGUCUCCGACUGGGGACCGUGCAGUGGCGGCUGCGGGCAGGGGAGGAUGAUCCGGCACGUGUACUGCAAAACCAGCGACGGGCGCGUGGUACCGGAGUCGCAGUGCAACCUGGAGGCGAAGCCGCUGGCCAUCCAUCCCUGCGGGGACAAGAACUGCCCCUCGCACUGGCUGGCGCAGGACUGGGAGCGGUGCAAUACCACAUGCGGCCGGGGCGUGAAGAAGAGGAUCGUGCUCUGCCUGGAGAUCGUCAAUGGCAAGAUCAAGACCCGCAACCCCACCGACUGCGACGUCGCCAAGAAGCCCGUGGAGGAAACAACAUGCUUUGAGCGGCCGUGCUUCAAGUGGUACACGACCCCCUGGUCAGAGUGCACGAAGACCUGCGGCAUUGGUGUGAGGAUGCGGGACGUGAAGUGCUACCAAGGGAAAGACAUUGUCCGGGGCUGUGACCCACUGGUGAAGCCGGUGGGCAAACAGACCUGCGACCUGCAGCCCUGCCCCACAGAGCCCCCAGACGACAGCUGCCAGGACCAGGCAGGAACCAACUGCGCUUUGGCCAUCAAAGUUAACCUGUGCAGCCACUGGUACUACAGCAAAGCCUGCUGCCGCUCCUGCCGCGCGCCCCACUCCUAGUGCCCGGGCCGGCACCCCAGGGCUGCGCAGGCUCCCUCGCAAAGGCUCUGUAUGCCAUCUAGUAAGCGCUACACAUCCCACAGACUGGUGUUAAGGAUUGCUUUUGGGUUGUUUUUUUUUUUUCCCCCCACCAAUGCAGAACUGCUCUCCUUGUCCCUCUCCCGUGUAGAGGAACGGUGCCGGCACGGCUCGGCUGCAGCGCCGUUACCGCUGUACAUUGGUAGCCCUCGUUAUCAGAGCUGUACAUAAAGUCGUGUAUAUUUGAGUCCCCCGAACUGCAGACACAUGCACGUGUUUCACAAGGUGUUGUCCUUUGGGUUUCUUUCCUCUGUGCAAGUUUGGGGUUGAGGAUGGGAAGGCGUGAACUCUGUGAAGUGCCAAGUUUCCCUUCGCAAAGGGGGUUAGUGCCUCUCUCAUAAUUUCUCCCCGAGACCUGCGCUCUCUCGUUAGCUGCAUUUAACGUGGUGGGAAGCUGAUUUUCGUUUGCUAAAUGAACUCAAGCCCAAGCCCUUUUUUUGUAAGAUGUAGGUGUAUACUUUUUCAGAGAAUUCUAUCUUAUAAUCAAACGUUAGUUCCAUAGUCCUUACAACCCCCCCAUAAUGCUGACAUAUUGUAUAUAAUAUGGAAACAUAACUGCACUUUAUAUCACAAAAAAAGACGUGCUCUUUUUUAAUAUAUUUGUUUACAGACAGUGAACUUUAUCCAUAUAAUCAUUAAUUUGUACUCAU